UGGACUUUGAAAUUUGACCGAUCAGCGAGAAGAUAUAACACUUCGUUUCAUAAUAAUUUAAUGCUUAUCGACUGGAAUCAAGAAAUAGAAAGCCUUGAACAUGAAUUUUGUGCUUGUUGGCUAUCUUGGACCCGAUUAAUUUGCAAGCAUAAGGAUACUACUGCCCCUUCGAUAUUUGAACCUCAGUUACUGACUCCCAAAUUUGGGUUGAAUGAUCGAGUGAAUACCAGUUUAUUUACGAUUAUAAAUAUAUCUUGCUGAUGAAUGCUACCAGUAUGAAAGCGGGGUACAUGGAUUCCUGUAAGUUAUCUGCGAAGCUUUUUCCAUCGGAUAUCAAUUAAAACACUAGUCACACGUAAAAUGCCAAGAAAUUGCUUCUAACUGAUAAACUAAUGUGGAGAAAACGACUGUUAUAUCAAUAUAUUCGGGAGUAAUCAAGUUAAAAAUCAUUAAAUAAUUAUCGUUGACAGAGAUAAAGAACUACAAAAAGUUGGAUUGAUUAUUUUAUUGGUUCUAUUCUUUACUAUAAUCGCUGGCAACCUUACUGUUCUGGGUGUGAUAUUCUCAAGAAAAAUUAAAACUCAAAUGAAAAUAUUUAUUAUCAAUUUGGCAAUUACAGAUAUGUUCGUUGCAAUUGGUGGAAUUUUACCUGAAAUCAUUUGGAAUAUUACAGUUGUAUUUUAUGCGCCUACAUUUGUAUGCAAACUUGUAAAGUACAUGUCUACUACAAUAACAUACGGUAGCUCAUUCGCUUUGAUAGCAUUGAGCAUUGAUCGUGCAGAGGCUGUUUGCAGGCCGCUUCGUGCAACCUCUUCGAAAUUCAGUAAAAAAACGCACGCUUUGAUGUUGAUUGGAUCUGCAUGGUUUGCAGCAAUGCUUUGUGGUAUACCAACUGCAUUUCUUGCACAAAAGGUGAAUGAAGGAACUCAGUAUGAAAAUUGCCGAUUUGAUUUUAGUCGAAUUAGUCCACAGGCAUAUUUAACUUCUAUAGCUCUAUCUGUGUUUGUCAUUCCUGGUUGUAUAAUAGCCACUUGUCAUAUAAUAAUUGUGAUUACAAUCUGGCGUGCAUCAAAAUUACAAAAGUUUAGGAUAAAUGAUUUACCAGAACUACGUCAAAGAAAAUCAUCUGAAAAUCAGUCAACAAAUCUAUCAGCCAUAACCACAAUGACAAUAUCAACAAGCAAAGUGAACCAUUUGCCGAGAGAGAAAAAGUGUCUAAGAAUGGGUUUAUCUCGGCAGAAAUAUCAGAUGAAACAAGGAGCAGCCGAAAUAGUCCGACGACAAAUCAAUCAAAGACAUGUACAUUCUAGUUGCAUAUCUCGUGCGAAAGUGAAAACGGUUAAAAUGACUUGUCUUAUAGUUUCAGCUUAUGUCAUUUGCUGGUGUCCAUUUAUGGUUUGGAAUUUAUUAGUUACAUAUGGAUACAUGAGACAAUUUGCUCCAUAUUUAAUGAAGUACUCACCAAUAAUUCAGCAUUUGGUGCCUCUCAAUUCUACAGCAAAUCCUAUUAUAUUCUGGAUAUUCAAUGCAAAAAACUUUAUUCAGCGCAGACGAAGAACAACCGGUAUUAUUGUUACAGAUACUGCGAAGUUUUAAUAAAAAUGAAGAUGAAUUAUAUCUCAGUUGAAUGGGAUGCAAUCAAUCUUCAUCAGUGUAAAUUGAAAACCAUUCAUAAAAGCUAAUCAUCAAGUCAUUCCAGUAGUAAUCUCUUAACCCAACUGUUCACACAGACGUGCUUCACUUAAGAAUUCAUCUUUCCUGUAGGCUGAAGAAGACAGUAAAUUCCACGUAUACUACUGUCCUCUUACAAAGCACGAGCAAAAACAUCUAAUUUACAGAUAUAUUUUAUAUGCAAGCAACCAUACAACUCAUUUGUUUCAAACGUUCGUUUCAGGACGGAGGAACAUUUGGAAACAUUAGUAGUUUAGCAAGGGACAAGUGAAUAAGACUGAUGUCCAUAUACUUUGAAGCAGAAAACCAUCUGCGUAGUGUGAGACGAAUAUGUAAUUUUUUGGUCAGAAACGCCUACUAAGUAUCCAGUAUUUCUGUUUCAAAUCUCGGUGGAAACGCUUUCAUCAAUGUGUUACAGUUUGUUGAAACAUAAAAUAAUUAUCACUUACCUGCUACUGUACAUGUAUAUACAAGUGCCAUUUGUAUUAUAUGUUUCGUAAUGAAAACUUGUUUCUUACA